GCUUGCAGCAACUCGGCGCAAAGAACACAACAAUAAAUUGCAGCAGGCGCAAGCGCAACGCAAAUCCUUAAACUUCCAUGGCGCGGAUGCAGUUCUUUCUUCUAUUCCUGGAAAUAGUACUAGCAGCGACAUCCUUUCUACUUGGCCAAUCCUCUUCGUCUAGAGACAUAAUGAUGGGGAAUAGCUCACUUAUCGAUGGCCAGACAUUGAUCUCGUCGGGGAGCGCGUUCCAACUCGGUUUCUUCAGUCCAGUUAACGAUUCUGCGACUUCAUACAUAGGAAUUUGGUACUACAAUCUCCCACCAAGAGAAAGCAAAGUAGUAGUAUGGGUCGCCAAUAGGAACAGGUCUGUCAACACAUCCAUGGCAUCCUUGAACUUGACUUCAGACGGAAAUCUAAUCUUAUUUGAGAAAGGAACAGAGGUUUGGUCCACAGGAACAUCGGCAGAACUCAAUUCUGCACUCUUGCAGCUUUUAGACUUAGGAAACCUCGUGCUCACUGCCGGCAACUCUAGCAGAACUCUAUGGCAGAGUUUCGACCAUGGGUGUGACACUCUUCUCCCUGGUAUGAAACUGGGAUUCGACAUCAGGACCAACACUUCGUGGCAGCUCAUGCCAUGGACGAGUGCCACGGACCCUUCUCCGGGGAAGUACGUUGCCAAAAUUGAGACAUAUAAAGUUCCGGAUUUUUAUACGGUGAGUGUGAAUGGAUCCCUCAAACUCUUCCGCACUGGGCCAUGGAACGGGCAAUGGUUCUCCGGCCUUCCACAAAUGGGGAACAACAUUUUGGUGAGGGACGUAAACUUCACAUACGUGUCCAACCAGAAUGAGACCUACUACAUCAAUGAAUAUCAGACUCGAUCGCCCCAGCUAAACCGGUUGGUAGUGGACGCCAACGUAACCUACCAGAGUUGGAGUUUUGUUAAGGGAGAGUGGAGAGUUUUCUUGUCGUUUCCGAGCGAUGACUGCGAUUACUACAACCAUUGUGGCCGCAACAGCGUUUGCACCAAGGGUUACUACUCAACCUCCUGUCGUUGCUUGGAAGGUUUUGUAGAGAACAAAAGCAUCGUCGGAUGCACGAGGAAGGAGCCCUUGCUUUGCUCGUCAAACCAGUUUUCGAAGGAGCCGAACGUUAAGGUGCCCGACACCGUGAACGCAACCUCAGGAGGCAACAUUAGUCUGAAUGCGUGCAAGAAAUUGUGCUUGAAUGAUUGCUCCUGCAUUGCGUAUUUGGUGAUCAAUGGGCCUUAUGGCUGCAUAACUUGGCGCGGCGAAUUGUUGGAUCUCAGGAGUUUUACUGACGGAGGAGACGAUUUGUACAUUCGGCUUCCAGAAUCAUCGACGUCAAAUUGGAAGGAGCUCGUUUGGGCGAUAGUAGUCAUUCCGGUGUUGCUGGGAAUUCUUCUGCUGUUUUGUGCAGGCGUACUCGUUCGGUGGAGGAGAAACAGAGCAUCAACCAGCAGAUUGCAAUUGCAGUUUCCAAGGGUGCAGAAAGAUUCUAUCAGCACAUUGGAUGUACUUCCUUCAUAUGAUCUGCGUACUAUAAAAGCUGCAACAAAUGAUUUCUCUGAAGGAAACAAACUUGGAGAAGGGGGAUUUGGCAUUGUUUAUAAGGGUCAAUUGGAAGAUGAACAGAAGAUUGCUGUCAAAAAAUUAUCAAGAUACUCCUCCCAAGGCCCCGAUGAGUUCCAGAAUGAACUCUCAUUGAUAGCCAAGUUACAACAUAGAAACCUUGUUCGUCUUCUAGGCUGUUGCAUUGAAGGAGAUGAGCGACUUCUCAUACUUGAAUACAUGGAAAAUAAAAGCCUUGAUGCAUUCAUUUAUGAUAAAACUAAAAGUUCAUUAUUAAAUUGGCAAAAACGCUUCAAUAUUAUAAUUGGGAUCGCUCGAGGACUUCUAUACUUACAUCAAGACUCCAGAUUAAGAGUCAUUCAUCGUGAUCUUAAGCCAAGUAAUAUUCUCCUUGACAAGGAUAUGAAUCCAAAGAUUUCAGAUUUUGGCAUUGCAAGGAUAUUUGAAGGAGACAAUGCUCUUGAGGAUGCAACAACUAGGCCAGUUGGAACAUUGCAUAUAAACUUUGGAAAGAAGGAAGGUCUUUAGAGAUUCUUGAUGAUACACUAAAUGAAUCAUAUACAACGGAAGAAGUUCUACGUUGUAUCCAAAUAAGUCUUUUAUGUAUCCAAGAUAACAGUGAAGAUAGGCCAACAAUGACAGAAGUGAUGACAAUGUUGGCAAGCGAGGACCAGUUCCUCAACCCGCUUAAUCAACCUACAACAACAACAACUAAUAGCGAAGGAGGUUUCACUACCAAUGAAAUGAGCUUCACACUUAGGUCGAUGAAAUAUGUAUUAAAUUUUUAUCUGAUCAAUAUUCAUCAUAUCAAAGUCCUUUUAUUACUUAUGUAAAGUUUACCAUAAAGCAGUACUUCAAUAUUCUUCA